AUGGCAGCAGACGGGAACAUUAGACGAAACGGUGCUUCUGGUCGAAAUGCCAGAAACUUUGAUCCCAACUAUUUCAGAUUGCCAACUCCCUUUUGGAUGGUAACAAUAUUAUCUGGACUCUGUCUUCUUGCAGCAGCAACACUGUCACCAGAAAGUAUUCCAACAUAUUUAGGACCAGUUCGUACAUUUGGUGUGUAUAUGGGAACAAGUCAUCCAAAUGUGUGUGUGUUUAUAAGUAUAGGGACAGUGAUCAUUCAUAUCUUGGAGGCAGCAUAUGCAGGAAAAGUUUGCCUUAGAAGAAAAAUGACUACAUCUGCAACAAUCAAGUGGAUACUGUCCACAUUUGUGUUUGGUUUCUCUUCCCUGACAUUACGACUGCUUCCAUACAAGCCUGAUGCAAAGGAAAAAUGA